AUGGCUCACGUCGUGACUGAGGAUACUCCAUACGUGCUCCGCGUCCUUCACCACGUCUCCAAUCACGUCGAUCAGUACGAAGCCCGUCCGCAACCAGUCAGAGACUUCCAAGAUGAGCUUUCAUUGCUGAUCGGAGCUGUACGACUGGUUUUCUGCACCCCUGGGAUCGACGUUACAGCUAGCGAUUUGGAAAAGUCUCUGGGCCGCUGUGCUUCCAUUCUCCAGUCUAUUAGCACAGCCCUUUUCGGUUUCGCUACUGAAGAGACGCACGGCUUGCUACCCAAAUUCAGCUCGUGGCAUGUCUUCCGCUACAAGACGUUGAGCAUCGCCGACUGUCUGUACAUCGUGCGAGGAUUCAAGUCGGACUUCCUCCUUGCCCUUGCGAAAGCCGCUCCCGACAUCGUCACGCUGGUUGGUCUUAAGUGCAAAAGCGACUAUGAUGCUGCUCGGAGAGACGUAGACUUUCUGGGCCAGACUCUAGACUUGCUUGCGAAUCAGCAAGAACCCCAAAGCCAGAACACACGGGGACUGGACGUCGAGAUUGUUCCUACGACACACGCCCGACACCGCACCAAAUGGCUGGCUGAGAUCGACGCGGAAAUAGCAGUCGUUUGUAACGUCGAUGGCAACCCUUGGAACUGGGAGGGGGCUGGCAAGGACUUUCCGGCCGCGUGGAGGGGUUUCGUUGCGCACAACAAAGUCUCUCAAGAGGCCAUCGACAGGUUGUCGGUACACGCGGUGGCGCCGCCUCCAUCAAAAGAAGAGGCGUGGGUCGUCAAAGAAGGUCAGCUUCGGAUGGCAUCCGUUGAUGCGAAUGCCGUCUCCCAAGUGGCUGUAGCAUUUGACUUCAGGCAUGAAGCGCAGGACUCAACACACCAAGACCCGCGGCUAUCUGACCUUGAGAUCCGACAACGGCGGCUUGCCUGGCUCAAUCAAUAA